AUGACGACAUGAUAUUCAGCUAACUAUGGAUUUUAUUAUUAUAAAAAUAAACACAUGAGUAUCAAAACUCGUUUAGGUGAACGUUUACGCUCAUUUCAUUUAAGCUUCCCUGUGGUAGUUUCUAAUAAUCAAAAGCCAAGCGCAGAUUCAAGUCGUAUUAAGACUCCUACAAACUUUGCAGAUAAGCUCAGUUUGCCUGCAAUUAAGUCGAAUAAAAGCAGCAGUAAGUUACUCGUCACGAAUUCACCAAUAGAUAGCAAUUCCACAUCACCAUGCUCAGACUAUUUAAUGAGCCCAAGGUAUAGUAAAAAUUCAAAUUAUCUUCCAUACAUUUAUGCCCAGUUCGGUCCAAGUAUGCCGAAGAACUACGAAAGCGGCCUUUUUGAUGACAUAGAAAGACUUUAUGUCCCCAGAAAAGAAUCGUCCAUUAAUAUGCUUUUUGACACAAGUAAAAGCAGAAGUAAGAAGAAAUCAUUGCCUUAA